GAGACUAAAAUAUACAUACAAAUAUACAAAAAUGUCCAAUCUCGAAGAUUUCUUUUCCAAAAAGGAUAACAAAAAGUCAAAAAGAAGUGCCGAAUAUUUGGCCGCUGAGGAGCUGUACAAAACGCUCGAAGAAUCAACGAAGUAUUCGUCGGAGGACAACUCCAACCUGGAGGAUGCCUUUCAAUCGGAGGCAUCGGGAACUGAUUCUAAAGGAGCCUCAGCUUCGCUGAAAUUCGGGAUCCGUUUCUCAGAUGAGGCCUUCAGCGAAGAGGAUGAAUGGUCUGACUUCACCGAGGAGAAUCGUCGUCAAUUUACUUACGUGCCACGCACCUUAUCGAUGGCGCUUACAUCCCCUGUCCCUGCACCUGCCCCAUUCGCUGGUGACGAUCUGAAGGAGGAGCCGGAGCAGCUGGACACUGGAGGUGAUGGCGUUGAUGUGGGAUCAAAGGAUGGGGAACGCACGCUUGCCACAACAUGUCCCUGGCAGAAGUCGGAGCAGGAUAGCAAGGGACAAUCAGACAGGAAAGCGAAUACCCCGGUGGUCAAGAAACAAAUCUACAUUCCCCCGGCUCUCCGUCAGAGCCAGGGCGACUUUAACAAACGCAAGGCGCAGCCACUUCAGCGCAAGGCUCCGUCUACGAUGCCGUUCAAGCCCCAAGCCCCCGAUCUCAAUAGCCUGGAGUACUUUCCGUCCUUGAGUGACUCAAAGAUAUUGAAGCGCCCCAAGUAACAGCCGGGACGCCUCUACUUGUUCUGUUCAAAUUUAAAAUCAACCAUAGCUCCCUUAAUAAUAAAUACAACAAGAAGACUCACUCUCCCUA